AUGCGGGUCAGAAGACCCAUGCCAGAAAGAAAGGGCAGACCCAAGCUCCCAAGGAGCAGCAGCCCGGUAGCAGUCUAUGUUGACCGGAUCCCCUGCAUCGUUGAAGAGGCGUUCGCAACGAUAGCAUGGGAUGACUUGGAGGACUGCGCCUCUGUGAUGAGACGCGAGAGUGACUCACUUGGUUCACAGGUGAACGACUCCGACGACGAUGAGCAAGACUUCGGGGAAUAUGCGCUGGACCUCAUAGCAGACUCUCCAGCCACACUGGAGAACAGUCUGUCUCAAGCCAGCCUAGUGCCUUUCCAGGGGUGUUUCCUCCCACCCGCCACACCCCAGCAGGAGCCACCUCCAGAGAACCAGAGCCAACAUGGCUACCCUCCUUCAGAACAAGGCCACAGCCAGCAUCUCAACCAGGAUAGAACACUAUGGAGGGGCUUGGCUCAGCACCACACCCGGGUCCUGGGACACACACUGGAGACCAACAGCCAGCUUCACCUGAAUGUGAACAAGAGACAGGAGGAGAUAAAUGCUCUGCAGCAGCGUAACAUCCACCUCAGGGAGCUGGCCAAUAGAGCCAAACACCUGGCUUCUGUACUGGAUAUGAUAACAGUGAGGGAGCCACCACCAUGUCUCGGACAACCUCAGACAUCUUCUUCUGAUAAACCCCCCAUGUCAUCCAGCCCGUGUAAGAGGCAGCGUCUGGAUGACACCUGCGACGACAUAUCGCCCCCUGGCUGUGUGGAAGACAUCCUACGUGAUGUCAGCGAGCGCUGUAACGCCGUCCUGCACCACCGCGCCGCCCCACCACCUCAUCCCCAGGACAGAGGCCCUGACAGGAUACUGAUGUUUGGGGCGUUUACUGGACUCCAGACAUCCAUGACCACAGUUGCCUCAGCAGUAGACAUGGACAGCACAGAGGCAGGAGUUAGCAGCAAUGACUCGUCUUUCAGGACAUCCAUCAGGGAGCACUGUACGAUCCGGACUCAGGCCUUUCCUCACGGACAUGCUUUCACCGCCAGGACAACCCAAGGAGGCUACCGCUUCCGCUGGGUUCCCAGCCAGAGCUAGCCCUUAGCAUUAACCGGCUAAUUAGCAUUUGCA